AUGUUCGGCAAGUCUAAACUGGUACGGCUAACUAUGCCACAACCAGAAAAUCCUCCUGAUCUUGAUCUUGAUGAUAAAUGCAUGAUGAAGCUUUUCGAACAAAGUGAUGAAAUUGAAGUUAAUGCAUGCGAUUUGGAAAAAUUGGAGGAAUUAGGCAGAGGUGCCUAUGGUGUUGUAGAGAAGAUGCGACACAAGAAGACUAAUUUUAUUAUGGCAGUGAAGAGAAUACAUUCUUCGAUUAAUGAUGAAAGUCAGAAACGAAUGUUGGUUGAGUUGCAAGCUUGUAUGAAAAGUGAUUGCUGUCCUCAAAUGGUUCGAUUUUAUGGUGCCAUGUUUCGUGAAGGUGAUGUUUGGAUAUGCAUGGAAGUAAUGGAUACUUCUCUAGAUAAAUUUUAUAGAAUGUGUUUUGACUCGGAAGGUCUAAACUUUAUGAAGGAGCAGAUGAACCUUAUUCAUAGAGAUGUAAAGCCGUCUAAUAUAUUGCUCAAUAAACAAGGUGCUGUGAAAAUCUGUGAUUUUGGAAUAUCAGGGCAUCUUACCAAUUCUGUAGCAAAAACAGUAAAUGCAGGAUGUAAGCCAUAUAUGCCACCUGAGAGGAUCGAAGGAGAAAAGAAAGUUGCAUAUGAUGUUAGAGCCGAUGUUUGGAGUCUUGGAAUAACACUAGUCGAGAUAGCAUCUGGAUCGCAUCCAUAUGGAAAGUGGAAAACUCCAUUUGAACAACUUAAACAAGUAGUGCAUGAGCCACCUCCUAGAUUAUCACGAAAUCUAGGUUAUUCUGAUAAUUUUCAAGAUUUUGUAUCGCUAUGCCUAACGAAAGAUUAUAAACAAAGGCCAAAAUAUCCCGAUCUUCUUGAACAUCCAUUUUUGGAAGAAGCCAGAAAUGAUAGACGUUUCAAUAUGGGUGUGUUUGUGCAAGAAAUUUUAGGUGCUGCUGAAAAACAACGUGAGUCGGUUUUACAUGGAAUUCAGAUCAAAACGCCAGAAAAUGAACUGCAAACUUUAAAACUUAAUGAAACUUGA